CUCGUCAUUUUCCCGACAGUUUUCCGCCAGUUCUCAAGGGUCAGCGACUUUUGGAAAAGUCAAUCCUCUGAAGAUGGAUUGUGAAUUGUUGCGGUACAGCUAGCUUAUAGCUAGAAAUCCGUAUUUUAUUUAUUGAAAGUGUAUUUAUUUCAAGUUAUCGUGUGUAAAUGUUGCGUUCAGGUUAACUUGAAAUGGCUCAUUUGUGAUGUAGAGAAAGUGUGAUAUUUUCAUUUAAAACGGCUAUGGCUGUCCAGUAGAAUUAACUUUUCGGUUAAUUUGAGUUAAUUAAUUUAUAAAUUCGUUAAUUUUUAUUCAUUAGAGAAAACCCACAAUGGUUAAAGAAAAGCCGAACUCCAUCCGUAUUUACGACGAAGAAGGUUUUAGACGCAGGGCUGCAUGCAUAUGCGUUCGUUCAGAGGAUGAAACUGAGGUCCUUUUGGUUACCUCCAGUCGUAAGCCUGAAAAAUGGAUUGUACCUGGUGGAGGAGUGGAGCCAGAAGAAGAAGCCAGUGUAACUGCAACUCGUGAAGUAUUAGAAGAGGCAGGAGUUAUUGGUAAAUUGGGAAGAAGCUUAGGUGUUUUUGAAAAUCUUGAACAAAAAGAUCGAACAGAAGUUUACGUUAUGACUGUGACACAAGAAUUGGAUGAAUGGGAAGACUCGAUUAAUAUUGGAAGGAAGAGGCAAUGGUUCACCAUUGAUCAAGCUCUUGAACAGCUUGCGCUCCACAAGCCUGUACAGCGCAACUACCUUACACAAUUACGUCGAUCUAAACUGACAUAAAAACUCUUUAAUCUUUGUCUAUCUUGUGCUUAAAAGGUUAUGUGGGGUUUUUAUUUAUCUAGAAAUUUUUUUAUGUGACGAUCAUGUGAGAUAUUUCAAUUUUAAGGUCAAUUAUUAUAUAUGAGUUAAUAUGUGCAUCUGAAUUAUAUUCUUAUUUUAUUAA